AUGAAAGUAUUCUUUGUGAAGUAUAACGAUCCUAUUUACGUCAAGAUGGAGAAGUUGGAUAUUAUGAUCCGUCUCGCGCAACAAAAUAAUAUUGCUCAGGUGCUUAGUGAACUAAAGGAAUAUGCAACUGAAGUAGACGUCGAUUUUGUCCGUAAGUCUGUGCGCGCCAUAGGACGAUGUGCUAUCAAGGUGGAGGCCAGCAGUGAACGUUGCGUAGCCACUUUGCUGGAACUGAUUCAAACAAAGGUCAACUAUGUGGUGCAAGAAGCUGUCGUUGUCAUCAAGAAUCUGGACACGCUGGACGAGCCCGAAGCUCGUGCUUCUAUGAUAUGGAUCAUUGGAGAGUAUGCUGAGAGGAUUGAUAAUGCUGACGAAUUGCUAGAAAGUUUUGUCGAAGGAUUUCACGAUGAGAACACUCAGGUGCAACUGCAGCUUCUCACUGCUGUUGUGAAAUUGUUCCUGAAAAGGCCAACUGAUACUCAACAGUUGGUCCAGCGAGUUUUGUCUCUUGCUACCCAAGAUAGUGACAACCCUGAUUUGAGAGAUCGUGGAUAUAUCUACUGGCGCCUCCUGUCUGCAGACCCAGCCGCAGCCAAACAAGUGGUUUUGGCAGAAAAACCUUUAAUCUCUGAAGAAACGGAUCUAUUAGAGCCAUCACUACUUGAUCAGCUAGUAUGUCACAUUGGCAGCCUCGCUUCGGUUUACCACAAGCCUCCCUCAUCUUUCGUCGAUGGUGCACGACAACCGUUACGAGCUGGAACU